CGCACCAGGCGAGGGCUUCACUGAGCAUGCGUCAGACAUGCUAACUGCUGCAGUUAGCUCCACUGCGCAGUCUCUCCUUUUGUUUCACUCCGCUUCACUUGUAAUAUUCAACUGAACUACAAGUUUAAUCUUAAACCAAGAAGCUCCGAACCGCUGCGACUCGUUACGACCUUCGUCUAGCAGCAGUUAGCAUGGUGUUGUUAGCCUGCGUCGUGAUGGCACUCGUUUAGCUACAAGCUAACCGGUAAGUUUCCGAAACAUUUGUGGUGCCGUUUAACAGCUGAACAGACGGUUUUAGCUGUCGGUUAAAGGCGCGUCAUCAACGGGGACAAACGCGUCAUCGGUACGGCGGGAUGCCGCCUUCAAGUGCUGCUCGGACACUGGGAAACGCGUCCUGUGUUAGAGUAACGUUACUUUGAGGCGCGCGCUCUCAGGAUGAUCCGCUUCAUGCUGAUGGUGAACCGACAGGGUCAGACCCGCCUGUCCCGGUACUACCAGCCGGUGGAGCUCAGCAGGAGGGCGCUGCUGGAGGCCGACGUGGUGCGCUGCUGCCUGAGCCGCCGGAAGGACCAGUGCUCCUUCGUGGACUACAGAGACUUUAAACUGGUGUACCGGCAGUACGCGGCUCUCUACAUCGUGGUCGGCGUCACGGACAACGAGAACGAGCUUUCGGUCUACGAGCUGCUUCACAACUUCGUGGAGGUUUUGGACAAAUACUUCAGCCGAGUGAGUGAACUGGACAUCAUGUUCAACCUGGACCGCGUCCACAUCAUCCUGGACGAGAUGAUCCAGAAUGGACACGUGGUGGAGACCAACAAGAGCCGCGUCCUGGCGCCGCUCACCGCCCUCGACAAGAUGGCCGACGGCUGAGUGGCUCCAGGAAGUGAUGUCACAUCUGUUCUCUCAAUUUUAAUUGUUUACAAUAAUAAAAUCAAUGAAACUUCUUUUAACGCUGAUCAUCAAAAGGGAAUCUAUUCAUAUUUUAUAUCUAUAUCAUUUAAAUAAACGGAUGUCUCACUUUACACCAAACACACAGGAAUCCU